GUUUUGCCUCAUUUCCCCUCGAUUCGCCGCAUCACCCGCCGCGUCCCACGGCGCGGGCUACGUAGACCUGCACAAGGUCCUGUAGACCACGAUUUUCCAGCCGUCCCGCUAAUCGCCGGCGGCGCCGAAAGGUUGUUUUGUAACGCGCUGAACGGCUCUCUGGUAUCGCUGAGUUGACCGGCCAUUUCUCCUCAAUUCUCCUCCUAACCCGGCGCGGGUUACGCAGACCUGCACCAGUUCCUGUAGACCAAGAAAUUCGAAACUCCAGCCGCCCCGCUUAUCGCUGGCGCAGGGGGUUGUUCUGUAACGCGUCCAACGCGCUCUGGUAUCGCUGAGUUGACCGGUCAACGGUUGACUGGUCAUGCGAGCAGUAUCAACUCAGUCCAGAGCCAAAGAGACUGGGGGGAGGGCGGCAGGGAGGGCAGCAGCCUGUGGGGAGGGCAGGGCAGGGAGGGCGCUAUGGGAGAGGACGACGGGUCUCCGUGUGUUGCGGCGGAAUUCGAGGAGUACGCGCGGCGUCUCGACGAGAUUAACGAGCGCAGGGAGCGGCUGGUGAAAGCGAGCAGAGACGUGACUAUACAGAGCAAGAAGGUCAUCUUCGCCAUCCACAGAGCCACCACCCCUCAAGCCCUGGCAGCAGCCGCGCAGCAGCUGGCGUCCCUGCGCUCGCACCACAUCACUCAGGUCGCUCGGGAGUUGAGUGCUGAGGACUACUGGCGCUUCACACGGGCUCACACGUGGGGGUUACAGGAGUAUGUGGAGGCGGCCUCUUUCCUGCAUUUCCGCCAAACAGGGGGGCUGCUCACUCUGGCGCAAGUGAAUGGGGCGUUUGAGGGCGUCACGGAUCGGGACGGACGCACCUUCCACGUGCAUGCAGCAGACUAUGUGCUCGGGCUCGCUGACCUAACAGGCGAAGUCAUGCGGCUAGCCGUGUCCAGCCGCGGUAGUGUUGCUGCUGCUGCCAGUGGUGAUGGUGAUGGUGGUUCCGCUGGAAGGGGUUCCAGCAAGCAAGGGAAGAGGGCGCGGGAGGGGGAGGAAGCCAAGGGAGAAGCGGAGGGGGGUAGAGCAGAGGGGGGUAAUGCAGAGGGCGGUACAGCGACAGUGGGGAGUCUACUGGUGGUGGAUGCCGAUGCGUGCAAGCUGUUCGUUCAACGGCUCCAUGCGGGGUUCAGUGUGCUGCCCAGGAGCAGCGAGCUGAGCAAGGAGAUGGGCAAGAAGAUGGACGUCAUGCUGGCGAGCCUCAACAAGAUUGAGAAUGUGUCGUACGCUCGCUUUGUGCGGGGAUCAGAGUACCCGGAGGACCUGCUGCAGCUUGGACUGGAGGCGAAAGAGGCAGGCACAGAACGGGACUGAAUGAAGGGCGACUGCACUUGUUUAGGGGGAGGACAAGGAAGGGAGCAAGGGGUAGGGAGUUUUUUUUUUAGGAGCCUCGAAAAUAGACUCCCCACGCCUGGAGGCGAAAGAGGCAGCGCAGAACGCGACUGACUGACGGGGCGAUGGCGCUGCUUUGGGGAGAGCAAAUGAAAGGGAUCAAGGGGCAGGGAGGAGAGGAGAGGAAGGGAGAAAGAAGUAGGGGGUCUAUUUCUGUUCCGCCUGAAAAAUAGACUCCCCUCCCUGAGCCUGGAGGCGAAAGAGUCAGGCACAGAACGGGAGUGACUGAUGGGCGAUUGCACUGGUUUAGGGGGAGGCAAGGGAAGGGAGAAAGGGAUAGGGAGGAGAGGAAGGGAGCACGGGAUACGGUUUUAGGUUUUGCUGGGGGCUAGGGAUUUACUGGGGUUUAAGGGGUAGGGGUUUACUGGGAGCUAUCGUAUCAUGCUCUUUGAGGGCGAGGGGACAUGGAACAUGCAAGGUGCAGUACUGUGAACUGUUACUUGUAAAUAGAAGCUUGUAAAUGGGGCAUGAUAUAAAACUAUCUACAAUGC